AUGACCGGCAUCAUCUCUGCGUUCCAACGGUGUUUCCGGAAAACAGGCAGGUUGAAUACUACAAUUCAGACAUCAAUUGCACCCAAGCUACGAGGAGCACUUCAGAGCAUAGCUCGUCCGAGAUUUAUCACGAUCCAUUAUGCCUAUAUCUUGCUGUGGACGAUAGUGACUUCAAUCAUAAUCUAUCCUGCCAAAAAUGUGUCCUAUACCGAUGCACUGUUCUUCGGGUGUGCGGCGGCUACCCAGAGUGGGCUGAAUACAGUGGAUCUAAACGACAUGCAAACCUACCAGCAGGUGGUGAUAUACUGUGUGCCAAUGGUGACCAGUCCGAUUUUUAUCCAUACGGCAGUCGUCUUCGUUCGGAUAUAUUGGUUCGAGAAACGAUUUCAGCAUCUCGUUCAGAGCAUCAAGGUGAUACGCCGGACUGGGUCUAUAUCGGGGAGGAGUUCACCUGAUGUGGAACAGCAGAACAAUAAAAGGAGGUCAAACGGGAGUAGUAGGAACAAUGGGAGCAGCGGAAGCAGCGGAAGCAGCGGAAGCAGUCUGGUGAAUGACGAUAUUGCAGCUGGCACCAGCAGGUGCAGUUCAGACAACGAUUCUGCCAAUCAACAGCCAGGAGUGGUCUUAGAGGCAGGAAGCCGAGAUGAAACGCCGUAUUUGAGCUGGAACGCGAGACCUGGACGGAACUCGACAUUCAUCGGCCUGAAUGAAGCUCAGCGAGACGAACUUGGAGGCAUCGAAUACCGCUCACUCAAGACAUUGGCCGUUAUCUUAAUAUCUUAUUACCUUUUCUUCCACGUCUUCGGGGUAAUAUGCCUGGUGCCAUGGAUUAUAAGAAGCACGAAGUAUGGCCCUGUCAUCCAUGAAGCUGGUCAAGGGCAACCAUGGUGGGGUGUUUUCACAGCUGGGUCUGCGUUCAACGAUUUCGGUCUUACCAUGACACCAAAUUCAAUGGAGUCUUUCCAACAAGCAGCCUUUCCGCUUCUUAUCAUGUCCUUCUUGGUUAUUAUUGGGAACACCGCUUUUCCCUGUAUGCUACGGUUCAUUAUCUGGAUACUUUCAAUGGUUGUCAGACGGGACACUCCGCUCUGGAACGAGUUGCUUUUUUUGCUCGACCAUCCUCGGCGAUGCUUCACCCUUCUUUUCCCACAGAAGGCUACCUGGUGGCUGUUUGCUACAGUUGUCCUUCUCAACGUUCUGAACAUGGUGGUACUUGUCGUGCUCAAUUUGGACAAUCCUGAAAUUGGGACCAUGUCAUCGGGUACUCGUUUUGUCGAUUCUUUGUUCCAAGCAUGUUCAACACGAACCGCAGGCUUCUCCAUCAUCGAUCUCUCCAAUCUACAUCCAGGUACCCUCGUCUGCUACCUGGUACUGAUGUAUAUUUCCGUCUUUCCAAUUGCCAUCUCCGUGCGUCGUACCAACGUAUACGAAGAGCGGAGUGUCGGGGUCUACACCAGCGCAGACGACCAUGAACAGAAUCGAAACCCCAAGCAACCAAGUUUUGUUGGCAUUCAUUUGCGGAGACAACUAGGCUCUGACUUGUGGUACAUCUUCCUUGGUCUUUUCAUUAUAGCAAUUGUCGAAGGUGGUCGAUUGUCCAUUUCCAAACUUCCCUCGUUUAACAUCUUUGCUGUAUUUUUCGAGAUUGUCUCUGCAUAUGGCACUAUCGGGCUUUCACUUGGAUACACUACAGGAAAUACCUCAUUCGUCGGGCAUUUCCAGACAAUCUCAAAACUAGUAAUUAUCGCGAUGCAAAUCCGUGGCCGUCAUCGUGGACUGCCCUACGCACUCGAUCGUUCCGUCCUUCUCCCGUCCGAAUCUAUUCAUAAAAGUGAGCUGGCACAGGCAGAAGAACAUAUACCACUUAAUCAAUGUGCUGGCGGGGAUCAGGGCAGUCAUCAUUUUCUGGGAGCGGCUGGUGAGAGACCUCAGCUGCCUCAUGGGGCUGUUGGCGAAGGAGCGCGUGGGGAGCAUCGGUUGGGUAUUGGGACUGCGUUGUCAACUUUGGCUGGUGCGUCCUGA